AUGCACCCAAGGAAAUUAUUAAACCUACGGGAUAAGAACGGAUCCAUAUCCCGGAGGGAAAAGAAUGGGGACUCUGACCAGCAUGGCCUGGGAAAGAUCCGACCUCGUUCUGCCGAGCUCUUCUUCUCUCUCUUCAAACCUGAUACCUCCAAGCACAUUACAAAAGAUGACCACCUAAAAGAUCAGGAAGGGCAGAAGAUUGAAAAAGUUGCAGCAAAGCUCGCCGAGAUAAAUAUUACAGGUGCCGCCCCAGAAUACAUUCGAAACACCCUCGCCACAAAAUUCGCCGAUGGAGAUGUUGACAGGGCCGCGCGAUUCAUCGACUUCCAGCAAAAAGCCGCCGCGGGAAAGAUUGUUCGGUACAGCCCGAACGUCAUGAUGCUUGGCGCAGUGAAUCGCGGAAACGUAACCUGUUACCUCGAUGCCCUCCUUUUUGCCAUGUUUUCACGAUUCGACGCCUUUGAACGAAUGUUAAAGAGAGUCGAGUUUGACAACGAACCCCGACAAAAACUAGCCACCCUUCUCCGCCUAUGGGUCAAUCUGCUGAGGUCUGGGGAGCUGAUCCAGACCGACACGACUGAAUUAAUACAAAACACCCUUGCAGAGUGUGGAUGGACGGACGCAAAAUUUCUAGAGCAGCAGGACACAUCGGAAGCCUUCAAUUUCAUCACCGAAACCCUCGAACUCCCGCUCCUAUCCCUCAAGGUCGACCUUUUCCACCAAGGCAAGACCGAUGAAGAUGAUCACAAGAUCAUCUACGAGCGCCUCCUGAAUUUGGCCGUUCCACCCGACCCUGAUGGAAAGGGAAUCAAGUUAGAAGAUUGCCUCGAAGAAUACUUCAAUGCUCAAGUCGAUGUCUUUCGAGAUAGCCUGGAUGAAAAGGCCGCCGCGCGGAGGCCAAGAAUACGGAUGCCCGCCUCUUGUCUAGGACAAGUUUCCCCCGUCAAUGACCUGGAUACCGCAAUAACGACGACUCCAACGGAUAUCGAGGCCGAGGCCACGCCACAGCCGCUUGCCUCCCCUCAAAGAGCUUCCAUUCCACACACACUCACCAACGAAAGCCAAGCAUCGUCAUCAUCUGCACCACCGCCGCUGCGACCGCGAGCUGCAACUGUGAUCCAACGCGUUAUUCUCGACGAAUACGGGCGCGCCACAAGCGAUAGCAACCUUUCGCCUCUGCAGCGGACCACGACAAAGGGGUCAGUUGUGGUCAAAGCCGUAACGAUCCCCGCCUGGCAAUUUUUCCGACUCAUGCCGUGGCAUACACCCUCUGCGCCAAAAGAAAUCAACGAGCCCGAGUCAAUCGACGAUCUUGAAAAGAACAUACGACAACGCCCUGUUCUCGGAAUUUGUUUGAAGCGAUAUGCGAUGACACAGGACGGGUUCCCAAUACGGCAAAACACCCACAUUGACAUUCCCGACGUGCUACGGCUGCCGAACUUUAUGCUCGCCAGCGACGAAAGCGUUGAGGAAGAUCCCCACGGCCUGAGCACUGGUUACAAGCUUGUGCUUCAGUCGGUCGUAUGUCACCGCGGCGAUUCGCUUCAUAGCGGACACUAUAUUGCUCUUGCCAGAGUCGACCCCAAACUCCUAACCGAGAACCGGCGAUGUGACCCCGAUCCCCCUCCAGAUUACGAAGAGGCUCAGUGGGUCAAGUUUGACGACCUCUCGGUUGAUGGCCGGGUCACAUAUGUCGACGAUAUCCGCAAGACACUUGAAGAAGAGAUGCCCUACCUUCUCUUCUACCAAAUCGUCCCGACAGUCGAAGUCCCGGCCUCCACCGACGGUACCAACACCGAGCCGCCUUCAUACACUGAUCUCGGCGCGGCGACCGACGGAGCGUCAAGCACCGCUCCAACAAGCCUCGGUGGCUCACCUAGAAACUCCGUCAGCGCGACGCCGGCCUCAUUCUCGACCACAAAUCAACCUAGCAUCCGGCUCUCAACAGAACUCGAUCUCACUCGAUCCUUUGGCACCUCUGGGGACGAGGGGUUGUUCGGCACUAGUUCCCUCGACAACAGCCGCCGCCAAAGCGCUGUGUUCAGCGACUCCUUUGGUGACUCCUUGCCCGUUCUCAGCACCGCAGGUAGCCAGUCUCCGCCGGCGGGCGCGUCAAGCGAGGAGUCGACAGCCACCCGACUUUCACGAGCGGCGGCGCGUUUCUCGCGCGGCAGCAAGUCCAGAACGCCGAGCCAGCAGGGGGACAAUCGCAUCAGCUCUACCAUCCGUCACCUCGGUCUCCUCCGGUCGAGCAAGGAACCGCUUCGCGAUCCUACUAGCGCUCCACUCGCCGCUCCGGCCGCUAAUGGAGCCGCACCUCCGGAUGGUAGCGAGGAUGGCUCCGCCCUCGAUCACGUUGCCCCCAUUGAGGAUUUGUCUGCACCAACCGCCACUGCUGCCAAUCACAUCCCGGCGCCCGCCUCAAAACACCGGCGCGGAAAGACAAAGGCUAUCGAACGAAGAGAAAAGGCCAAGAGUGACGAUCCGGAGCGAGAAUGUACCGUCAUGUAG